AUGGUAUACGAAAAGUGUUGUGUUGGUGGUUGCAAUACAACACGUGAAACGCACCGGCUUUUCAGAUUCCCUAGGAACGAUAAUUUAAGGAACUUGUGGAUGGCUUUCAUAGUGCCGACAAAUCCCCAGCUCAUUGUACUUUCCAAAGAACAGUUACUUAACAAACGUGUCUGUGAAAAACAUUUUGAUGUAUUUCAGUUCGGCAAUGAAGGCAGAAGACUUCGAUACUCUUACCCGUCCUUGCUUACUGACAAUGAAAUAGCUCAUGGUGUGCCUCUGACUGCAACUGGAUGGGAUGUCACAACUGAACAUAAUUACUGUAAAGAGCAAAAUGAAGAUGAUUUCACAGAAGCUGUGUUAGUGGUUAGCAAGCCUGGAAGUGAUGUUACGAUUGAACACAAUUACUACAAAGAGCAAAAUGAUUGUUCCAAAUCAUCGAUAGAGAUUGGAUCAUCAGAUGUUGGAAAUUCUCAUGAACAGCCUUCAUGUUCAAAUUUUUCAACUGUUGCAACAGUUGUUGAAAAUAAAGAUGUUGUAGGUUCUCAUGAACAGCCUUCAUGUUCAAAUUUUUCAACUGUUGCAACAGUUGUAGAAAAUAAAGGUAUGUGA